AUGACUGGUGCAAAUACGCCGCCGGAGCUGGCGAGCAUCAAUCCAAACGACUUUGGGUACCGGCUUGCGCAACUUGUCAACUCGUACGUUUUCCUCAGCCAAGCUUUCUCAAACGCCCCCAGUGGAAGCGUAGAUGUCAAUGCCACAUUUGAGCCCAAUUCCACUGUUGGCGUCGACGUCGAGACUUUGGCUUCAAGCCCACCGAGCUUAUAUUACGUCGGCUGUGGUCUCUGCCCGGAUUGUGAGUGGUCUACUUCGACGCCGCCAGAGACUAGAGUACAAAACUGUCGAGACAUUGCCCCAAACAUGGAGGCCCAACGACCGCGUCCUCCGAAUCCUUCUGAACUAUGUUCCUGCAUUGUCCACUGGCAUGGACUUGGACCUGAGCUACCAGGCCAGUACGGCACAUAUCGCCUUCCAGAUCUAGUCGCCAACACGAUCGAAAACGGGCAAGCCCUGGGCUCCUACACCAACCUAGAACAUCACGAUGAACUAAAGCAUGCACUAAUCGAAGGAUUCCAUGAACUCUAUAACAAUCGAGACCCAAGUCACUAUGCUCACAUUAUCAGGGUGGCGUCUCUGGUCGACCAUUACUUUUUCAGAGGAUGGCUUACGGCGCGUCGACGACGAACGGGCAUCGUGCCGUCGCACCUCAAAGUGUGCAUUCGGGAGAACAACGAGGUCUGCCAAGAACAAGGCAGCGCUUCGCACGUGGAGGUGGUCAAGGAGCAUGCUGGCUCGCUCCCCAGCGUUGACAUUGACAUUGACUCUGCAGGAACGUGGACGAUUGCGCAAAUCGUUGAGCUCCUGAUCCAUGAGAUGGCUCACGGAUAUUUGAUCUUGUUUACGUGUCGUGGGGGCUUUGAUUACGUGGCCGGCUGCUCCUUUCACCAUUCCGCUGCGAGAGGCCACCACGGUCUUUACCUGCGAAAGCUGCUGAGGCAUGUGUAUCAGACUAUUCAGGAGUGGGACGAUGUGUUGAGCAACUUUGGGACAGAUUGUGUACUGAGCUGUCACUGCAAUGAUUCAGAUUCUGCGUUUGAGAGAAGUAGAUCAAGCACGCCAAUUUAA